AUGACAAAAGAACAAAUUGAUGGACCACGUUUUAAACGUAUAGCAGUGAUAGGGGGUGGACCUACUGGAUUGGCUGCUGUUAAAGCAUUAAGCUUGGAGCCUGCUGAGUUUUCACGUAUUGACCUUUUCGAAAGAAGAGACCGAUUAGGCGGGUUAUGGUAUCAUUACGGAGACAAGUCAUUAGUUAAGCCUGAAAUUCCUAACGUUUCUCCUUCACAACAAGAGAUCACUUCUGACAACGCAACACCAGCUGACGAAUAUUUUUCAGCAAUUUAUGAAUAUAUGGAAACUAAUAUUGUGCACCAAAUUAUGGAGUAUUCUGGUGUGGAUUUUCCUGUCAAUUCGAAAAAAUACCCGACCAGAUCCCAAGUUCUAGAAUAUAUCGAUGAUUACAUCAGAUCGAUUCCCAAAGGAGUAGCUAAAAUUAAUUUGAACUCAAAUGUGGUAUCAUUGGAAAAAGUCAACGAGAUUUGGCAUAUAGAAAUUGAAGAUACAGUUAAGAAAACUUGUGUUAAGUUGGAAUAUGAUGCGGUAAUUAUUGCCAAUGGGCAUUUUAGUAACCCAUAUAUACCUGAUGUGCCUGGGUUGUCAUCUUGGAAUGAGCAUUAUCCAAAUACAAUCACCCAUUCCAAAUAUUAUGAGUCGCCUGGCAAAUUUAGAAACAAACGUGUUUUGGUGGUUGGGAACUCAGCAAGUGGGGUAGAUAUUUCUAUACAAUUGAGUGUCUGUGCCAAAGACAUUUUUGUUUCCAUAAGAGAUCAAGAAAAACCGCAUUUUGAAGACGGGUUUUGCCAGUAUAUUGGACUCAUUGAAGAAUACAAUUAUGGAACUCGGUCGGUACGAACAACAGAUGGGCUAGUGGUUAGUGAGAUUGAUUACGUGAUAUUUUUUACUGGAUAUUUGUAUGCUAUCCCAUUUUUGAAACUGGAAAAAACUAUUACAGAUGGAUUUCAAGUAUACGACUUGUAUAAGCAAAUUUUCAACGUUUACGAUCCAUCCCUCACAUUUUUGGCUCUAUUACGUGAUGUGAUUCCAAUGCCAAUAUCCGAGUCUCAGGCUGCAUUAAUUGCCAGAGUUUAUAGUGGAAGAUAUAAAUUACCACCCACAAGAGAGAUGGAGAGAGAUUAUCUACUGGAAUUGAAGGAAAAGGGGAAGGGUGGAAAAUUUCAUAAUUACAAAUAUCCACAAGAUGUUGCAUAUUGCCAAAUGUUACAGAAUCUUAUUGAUGAGCAAGGUGUGCGUACCCCUGGGUUAGUGGCACCUAUUUGGGAUGAAUCGUUGAUUAAAAAGAGGAGUGAAACUAAGGCUGAGAAAAAUGCACGAUUAGAAAAUGUGGUUGAGCACGUUAAACGCUUAAGAGCAGAAGGAAAAGACUUUUCUUUAUUAGAAUAG